UACAUGCAAUCCAUCUUGUGCAAAUGGUGGCAAAUGUGUGGCUAAGAAUGUCUGUUCUUGUCCCGAAAACUACUCGGGAACAUUCUGUCAAUAUGCAAUGGUUAGGGUCGCCAGUAGAUCAAUCGUAAUGGACAGUGAAGCCUUGUCAAAGUUAAACGAGCCUGAUCUCUGUUACACGUGGCGUUCUCAUUACCACACAUUUGACGGUCGAUAUUUCUACUUCCCYGGUCGUUGUACGUACAAACUGCUACAUGACUGCUUUGACAACAUGUUCUCAGUUCAYGUCUACWAYGACCCGUCAUGUAGCAGAAACAACACSUCGUGCAGACGUGGCGUGGASCUGUWUCUUAGUGGUACACAAAUCAAGGUCCAUCUUGACGCUAAACACGUUGAGGUCAACAACAGAAAUAUCACUACUCCUCACGUCAUCAAUAAUAUUAUCAUCGAGAGGGUUUCAGAUUACCUUAUUAUUUAUGGGUACAGCGGUCUUACGGUAUUAUGGGAUGGUCAAGAUGGCGUCUAUAUUCACCUGGAYCGUGAUCACGUGAACACCACGUGUGGUCUUUGCGGCAACUACAAUGGCCGUUCAGAUGAYGAUUUAGUGACUGUUAACGGACAGAAGACGAGCUCAGUCGCUUUGUUUGGGAACAGUUGGCGCAUGAAUAAAGUCAAUGAUUUUUGUCCUGAUGUUUUGGAUAAAGACACGCGACYCUCGUGCCCAGUCUUUGUCAAACAAGUUGUCAAAAAGGGACAAAAGAGUUGCGAUGUUCUUAAAAAUCCCUUUAUCUUUGGGCGCUGUCAUAAUAAAGUCAACCCAGCACCAUACAUUGCUAUGUGUCAACAUGAGGUCUGCCGAUGUACAGCGAAAAACACCCAAACAUGCCUUUGCGAUGCAUUAACUCAAUACUCGCGAGCAUGCUCGAGAAAUGGUGUACCAGUGCAAUGGAGAACAGAGUAUCUGUGCCCUGCAAACUGUUCCAGCGGUUUUACGCACACUGAGUGUGCGUCACCUUGCCAAAGAACAUGCCAAUUAAGAUCCCGUAACUACGUYUGUCCGCAGCGGUGCAUUGACGGUUGUACAUGCGCAGACGGGAUGUUGUUAGAUGGUGAGAAUUGUGUCAAGAAGCAUCAAUGUCCAUGUGAACAUCACAAGAAACGAUUUCCAGCUGGUGYCAUUCUAUCACGUGACUGUAAUAAAUGUGUUUGUAGUGACGGUAGAUGGAAUUGUACAAAACACCACUGUCAAGGUACCUGCUCAUCUACCGGGGAUCCACACUACCGGACAUUUGAUGGACURACUUACUCAUUUAUGGGACGAUGCAGAUAUAUUCUUGCUAAAGACCGCCAUAACGAUACUUUUACAGUAGUUGCAGACAACACGGCUUGUGGACCUGUUGGUUCGAUGUCUUGUAAACACAUCGAUGUGCACUUGAAUGGAUUGGUUGUUACUAUGGCAACCAAUGGUGUGAUAACUGUGAAGGGCUUGAAAGUGACGUCAUUUCCACAUAUUGGUCAAGGGUUCAUCAUCAGGCGUCCGUCAACAGUCGUCACAAGACUCGAAGCARCCAUAGGUCUAACAGUAGAAAGGCGUGGCACAUCACGUGUUUACAUAACUGUACAACCAAAGUAUCGCAGCCAAACGUGCGGACUUUGUGGAACUUUUAACAACAAUCAAAAUGAUGACCUAAUGACCAGUGAGAAUGUGCAGGAAAGUGAUAUAAUGUUGUUUGGUAAAUCGUGGAAAAUUUCUGGUUCGUGUAAUGAUACAAACUCUAAAGUCCAACACACGUGUGAUGUACAAAUACAAAGGAAAGCGUUUGCUGAUAAAGCUUGUAACAAAUUACUGCAGGCUCCUUUUAGCCGUUGCCAUGACACCAUUGACCCCCAGGACGGUUACCUUGACAACUGCAGAUUUGAUGUAUGUGGUUGCCAGAAUGCAACAAAGUGUCUUUGUGAGGCUGUGGCUAACUACGUCUAUCAGUGUGCUAAGAGAGGUAUCAUCAUUGAUUGGACCGGUUCAAAAGUACUGCCAGAAUGUGCCACCACAUGUACCAACAAGGGACAGAUUUACAAAGCAUGCGGACCAUUAUGCAACACGACUUGUCGUGAGCUUUCAAUGAACAACGUUUGUCAUGAAGAAUGUAUUGAAGGAUGUAGCUGUUCUAACGGCACGGUCCUUAAUGAUAAUCACCAGUGCGUACCACAUCGRUUAUGCCCCUGUUACUAUCGUGAGAAAACGUACGCCCCUGGAUCUAUUAUCAAUCCUACAGGCUGCAGUCAGUGUCGCUGUCAGAAUGGAAAGUUUCACUGUUCAAACAGGACUUGUGAAGUUUGUCCGUCUGGACAGCAAUGGGUUUCCUGUGGAGCACAAUGCGCGAAGACUUGUGAUAAUUUCCAUGUACCUUGUCUUGAUAACAAAUGCCGCAAAGGAUGUGUGUGCCCGCAAGGACUCGUAUAUGAUGGAAAGCGGUGUGUUAAUUCCUCACAAUGUUUGUGUCAUCAUGGUGGCAAGAAUUACAAGCCUGGCUCUGUCAUUAAAGUGGAUUGUAAUCAUUGCGUUUGUAAUGGUUCUCAAUGGACAUGUUCAAAACUUCAAUGUCCUGGCACGUGUUCAAUAUAUGGUGAAUCUAACUACGUCAGUUUUGAUGGGAAGAGAUUCAAAUAUGCAGGAGCAUGUGAAUACGUUAUUUCAUCAGACUUCUGUGAGGGUCGUAAUGGRUCCUUUAGAAUACAGUCCCUAAACGUCCCUUGUAGUCCCUCUGGAACUACGUGUUCCAAAAAAGUGACCCUUACAAUCGGAGACACUGUUAUAGUAUUUGCGCGUGGAGUAAAACCUGAAGUGAAGCCGUUGCCAGGAGCAAAAAAAUACACCACGUGGUUUAGAGUUAGCGAAGUGCAUUUUUUUACUGUGUUGGAAACGAAGUUUGGUUUAACGGUCAUGUGGGACAGAGGUACUCGACUGUAUGUUACAGUGGAUUCUAGAUUUCAAGGUAGGACUUGUGGCUUGUGUGGUAACUUCAAUGGUGAUCGAGCCGAUGACUUCAUGACUCCCCAGAUGUUACCAGAAGCCCUUGCAAACGUAUUUGGAGAUAGUUGGAAAACAGACUCAUCAUGCCCUGAUGCAGAACUUCCCAAGAAUCCUUGCGAGACAAACAAGAAUCGARUACCGUGGGCUCAUAAAAUGUGCAAUGUAAUGAAGAGAAAUGUUUUUCGACCAUGUCAUGGUGUGGUAGAUCCUGGACCAUGGUACGAUUCAUGCUAUUAUGAUACUUGUGGCUGUGAUGCUGGAGGUGACUGCGAGUGUUURUGUACAGCGAUUGCUGCAUAUGCACAUGCGUGCAACAGCCAUGGUGUUGCGAUUAAAUGGAGAAGUCAACAACUUUGUCCUAUACAGUGUCCACAUGAACAGAACAGCUGCUCUGAAUACAAYCCAUGCGUUUCAGUCUGUCCAGAAAGAUGCGGGUCAUCUUGUGCCUCAUCAAAGUCGUUUUGUCCUGUUACUUGCAUUGAAGGAUGUUCUUGUCGAAAUGGGACCAUCCUUCACGGAGAAAAGUGUAUCAAACCAGACCACUGUCCAUGCGAAGUCGAUGGCAAAUUGCAUUCGCCUGGAUCCAUUGUAAUCAAAGAUUGUCAAAAAUGCAAGUGUACGGAUGGUUGCUUGACAUGUGUGGGUCCAACAUGUUCUAUUUCCACAUCUCCAACAGUCAGUACAACGUUACUACCAACUGUAUUCAACAAAACUACACCAUUACCUGGUACUACUACCAUGGUACAACCAUCUACAGAAGGACCUUCCACUACACCAUUACCUGGUACAACUACCAUGGUACAACCAUCUACUGAAGGAACUUCCACCACACCAUUACCUAGUACUACCACUACCAUAGUACGGCCAUCUAGUGAAGGAACGUCUACUACACCAUUACCUGGCACUACUACCAUGGUAAGACCAUUCACUGAAAGUACAUCGGGCCAUGGAGGUCAAAUUAUGCCUUCAACAACAAAUACAGAAGAAACCAGACCUCCGCCUGCACAAACGUUCACGCCUUCAGCAACGGUUUCUAAGCAGUCUCCUGUGCAAACGUCAGAAGGAAUCGCACCUACUUCAACUGUCGGCAGUGCUUCAACAAUGACAAGCACGCAUAUUGAAAGCAGCACGGCACAGAGUAAAACAAGCAUUAUUCCACUUUAUUCAACAACGAUGGAAACGUCUACAAGUCAUGUCUCUAAUACAAACANCAUCAUUAACUGGCAGUACAAUCAUGGUAAAACCAUCUACUAA